AUGGACGAUCCCGGGCUGCAAGCUCCUCAGGCGCCCGGUAUUCUCCAGCCUCCCAAGCCAAGGACUGAACAGCUCUAUGGAGCUUUGUCGACCGAAGCGCCUCGUCGACUAGUGAGUGACCUCGAAUGGACCCGUGGUCAUUCAUACACGCGGCAGAAAAGGACUCCUGUUGCAUAUGCUGACCCUUUGGGCACUUCAGCAUUCACAACUGCUGCGCCUUUGCCGCGAAGAAGGCAUAUACUUUGUCGAGAGUUUUGUUGGCGACUUACGAGAGUUCCAUGAUUCAAACUUACAGAUGAUCACCACAAUUGAGGUGAGCGAUGCGGUUGUGAUUUCAUCGUCAACUGUAUGCCGAGAGCUGAAUCUCGUCGUAUCUUCCCACCUCCAGAUGUCGCGCACCACCGUGAAUGCUGUCGGCCCUAUGAGCACCAGCCUAAGGCCCAUUCGCGCCAAAUACAAUAAAAUUAUCAACAUCAUCAAUGCUCGACAAAGGGCAGCAAGAGGAUGGAGAGCUCUUUCGAGGCGCGAAAGCUUGGACAAGGUUGGCGAAGCUGCCUUCUGGGCUGCUUUAGGUAGUGCAGCAAACAUCACCUACAGAUCCUUGAUGGAAGAGGGAAGACUGCCAAAUGCAGACAGGGUGGUCAGGGAGGUGUGCCACGAUGCAUUCAAACCAGCUGCGCGAGAGCUGGGAAACAAUUGA